AUGCAAUAUAAUACUAUUCAUGAUGCCAACGGUGUUGUUGAUAUCCCUAUUAAAAAACUCGAUAUUGAUUAUCUAAAGAACCUGAUAUGGAAUAUUAUAAAGGAAAGUAAGGAAUGUUCCAACAAAGCUAUUCAAAUGAUGUUAUGGAAAGUUGAGAUUCCGUGCAAAGAUAAGCUGUUGAGUAUACUUAACGAAAUGUUUCAUAAAGGGGAAGACAUUAAACAUAAUCUCAGUGAAGAGUUGGACCCAGUUGAUCCUUUUAGUGAAUAUUUUCCAAUCGAUUAUCAACCUCCACCUAAAACCAUUCACAUAAUCGUGCAACUACCACCGCUUACCACCACUACCAAAUGGUUAUACCUCUCGAAUAAGAAAUUUGCAGUCCAUUUCGUUUCUCAUUCAUUGUUCAUCCUUUCAGCCACCACAUUAGCUGCUAUUCUUUCUUUGCAAAAACCAAUCUCUCCUUAUAGACAAAUUUUUAGACACAAGUUCUAUGAUCGUAAACGAGCUAUGGAUAAGAUUGUAAAAGUUUCCAACAAUAAUUAUAUCAAACGCAAAGAUCAACAUUUUAUUUUGAAAUAG